AUAUUUAUUUAUUAACUAAAGUACAAAAAAACAAUAUUGAAUAUAGAUAGAUUUUAUUCAGAGUACAGAGUGUAAAUAAUCAGUUCAUAUACGACCGACGUUCUGUACUUUUGAUUCGUCCCAGUGUGGCGUGUGUCAGAGCCGCGUCUAGACGGGCUUACGGCCUCAUAUAUAAUAUAUCUAUUGAAAUAUUAAAUGUUGUAAACUCAAGUACACAUUCACAAAUAACAUAACAAAAAUUUAAUUAAUUUUAAAAAAAAUACCAGCAAAUUUUCUCUUAAAAGAAUAAGUGAUUUUUUUUUAUUAAAAAGUGUUUUUCCUUAAAGAAAGAAUAAGUGAUUACUUUUACUUGACGAAACACACCGCGUGGUUUUUUCGAAUACGAUUACAUAAAUCAAAUUUGUAAAUCAUGAGUACGCUGUAUGAAUUGGAACUAUUAAGUUACGAGCAACAAGAACAAAUUCCAAAAUUUGAAUUAGUGAUUAAUAAUAAUACAGCAACAAAUUUUAAAAAAAUUAAUUAUGUGAACAAAUUAAAUAACGAUAACGAAAACAGUGACAAAAAGAAGAUUAUUUAUGGUGAUAAACUUCCUGAACCAUAUGAAGGGUUUCCAUUAAAUCAGUGUGACUCCUUUGAUUUUGUUGGUAGUGAAGAGGAGUUGGUGGAUGAAGACGAUAUUGAAGAUAGCGAAUACGUCAUCAACAAACAAACCAGCAAUCAACAACAUCUAAUUAAUAUGAUGGAUGAAUUAACUCUAAAUAAUAAUAAUUUAAAUAAUAAUAAUAAUAAUUUAAAAACACCGAAUCAAAAUAAAAUAAUAUGGUCAUCAAAUCAUAUUCAUGAUAAAGUUGAUAAUAAUGAAAACGAUAUUAUCGAUGAUGUUCAACAGCAAGUUAUAGAAAAAGAUGAAUCAACACAAAAACAAAAUAAAAAUUUAAUAACAAAUAUAAAUAAUAACAAUAAUAAUAAAAUAAAUAAUAAUGUAAAUAAAACGUCGGUAUCAACGACGACAUUUGAUGCAGUAACUCAACAACGAAUGGCUGUAUUAAGUUAUGAACAAGUCCGACGUUUAAAUGAUGUUAUGGAUGAAGUUGUGAGCAUACAUGGACGUGGUAAUUUUCCAACAUUAGAAGUACGUUUACGUGAUUUAGUGAGUAUUGUACGUGAUAAAUUAGAAAGCGAUAUACAUGAAGGUGGUGCUAAUAUGCGUGUACGUGAUAUACGUUUAAAUGGUGGUGCUGCAUCGCAUGUACUAGCAACCGAAUCACAACCAUAUAAUGAUUUAGAUUUAAUAUUUGGUGUUGAAUUAACAAGUGGUCGUAAUUAUGAUCGUAUUAAAACGGCUGUACUAAGUUCAUUAUAUGAUUUAUUACCGGAAGGUGUUAUACGUAAACGUAUAUCAACAUGUAGUUUAAAAGAAGCAUAUGUUAGUAAAAUGGUGAAAGUGAAUAAUGGUGACGGUGAUCGUUGGUCAUUAAUAUCAUUAGGUAAUUCACGUGGACAUAAAAAUGUUGAAUUAAAAUUCGUUGAUACAAUGCGACGUCAAUUUGAAUUCUCUGUUGAUUCAUUUCAAAUUGUAUUAGAUUCAUUAUUAUUAUUUUAUGAAUAUUCUCAAUUGUCAAUCAGUGAAAAUUUUUAUCCAACUGUUGUUGGUGAAUCCGUGUAUGGUGAUUUCCAAGAAGCGCUAUAUCAUUUACAUAAGAAAUUGAUCUCAACACGUCAUCCAGAGGAAAUACGUGGUGGUGGUUUAUUGAAAUAUUGUUAUUUAUUGGUGAAAAUGUAUCGACCCGCACGACCUGAUUAUAUAAAAACAUUGGAGCGUUAUAUGUGUUCACGAUUUUUUAUUGAUUUCCCUGAUAUUAUACAACAGCGUGCCAAAUUGGAGAAUUAUCUAUGGAAUCAUUUUGUUGAACCGGAAGAGGAAUCCCUCAAAUAUCAAUAUCUAAUGUUAUUACAUACAGUUGUCGAAGAAUCUACAGUAUGUUUAAUGGGACAUGAACGACGUCAAACACUAUAUUUAAUUGAAAAUUUAGCAUUACAAGUUAUGUGCCAAGAACAACAACAGAGGCUCCAACAAUCACAGCAGCAGACAACGCAACCGGCUACGUUACUAUUUGCAAAUGGAUAUUAUUAUACACCAAUUAUACCAACACAAGCUGGAUGUUAUCCGUGCACAUGCCAAUCAUGGAUGGCCUGCUCCACGUGAUAUUGCUGUUGUUAUCCAGUUCCGCCACCUUGUACAUGUCCGCCACCAUCACAGCAACAACCAAAACCGUCACCAUCAUUAUUAAAUAAUAAUAAAAAAAUAUCAUCGAAAUCGUCAUCGAUAUAUUGUGCCGUAUGUAUUUCACAAGAACAAGAAAAACGAAAGAACAUUAUUUUAAGUAGUAACAGUGAUGAUUCGACGUCGACAACAUCGUCAUAAGUUGUAAUAACAAAACACACUCACUUUUCACAUCCGUAACGUACCCAAAGACUUAAAAAAAAGAUCGACUGACUUAAAAACAAACAGUCGUUAUUUAUUUAAAACAAAUAACGAUUGUGUUACGUUGUCACAUUAAACAAAAGUUUUGUGACAAAAAGAAACGUAUAUUAUAUUAAACACCGUGUAUAUGUGUAAAAAAAAAA